GACCUGUUUCAAAUAUAUUUUCAAAGGGAAUGCCGCCGCUGUUGUUCGUUUUGCUCACAGGACAUCAUGCAACAUUUUUUGUGUGAAUCUAUGUCAGAAGCAUAUUCUCUGUGACGUACUCGACUAUCAGCAUUCCGCUUUGGAAUAUUUUUUGGUCAGCUACCGUAUACAUUGUGACAUUUUCCGGCCAGGUUGGUCCGGCACACUUGUUUUUGUGUCUUACGUCAUAUGCAAAUGAAUGGGGUUUCCCAAACCGCGGGUCCCACAGACGGCAGUAUAGCGGGGGAGAUUGUCGGCAUUUGACGGAUCAGAGGCUGGGAUCUAAUAAGUUUAUGGUCGAAAUUCGGCACAAUCAUGAGAAAGGGAGAACUUCAAAGGAAAAAUCUCUACAAGAACAGAGUACAGACAGCCAUGACUGUCAGUGUGCGAGGGUCUUGGGGCAGGGAAACAUGCCGCGACAGAAGCGGUCUUCCCUGCCAGGCAUCAAUGACUUUUGUAGGCUGUGUGCCCGUAACCUAGUGAUUCUCGGAGUCAGACGACGAUCCCAAAACUUGUUCAAGUUAACCGCCAACAGUAAGCCGGGAACAGUCCUCAUUGCAACAAGACUUGAGAAGUUGCUUGGGACAGCGCCAGAGAAGAGGUCGGACCUCUCGGAGACCAUCUGUCAGUUUUGUAUUCGGAAGCUUGCGAACUAUGAGCAAACUGUUGACAAAAUAGGAGAGUGGAGACGCAACAUCGGUACAAGAACGUGUGACAGGACCCCCAAGACUACCCCCAAGAGGACCCCUACUCGCAAGAGCCCUGCCCCUGGACAAGGAAAAACUCCAGAAAACGCCGCUCGCAAGCGAGAGUUGAAGUUCACACCUGGGAAGUCGCCGGCCCAGAAACAGGCAAGGUCAGCACAACAGAGCGAACAGGAAAGUGAGAAUGUCGACCCCCUACAAAACAAGAGCGCCGAAACAACAGUUGAGGUGCAAGUACAGUUCCCAUCGGACAAACACCCAAGGCUCAAGAGGUUGGAUGGGGAGCUGAAGUCGACAGUGCAGCAAUUAGCGGAAGGGAGGUGGGCUGCUGCUGCAAACAGCCUGCUUAAGCACAAGGACAUGACUGCAGCCUUACAGGUGAAAGUCUCGGAAAGUAUUAAACGCGAGUGCAAUGCAAUGGCUGCCGGCUCCAUCCUGGGCAAAACGACCCCUGAAGACCUACAAAAGUUCAGGAUGGGCGACUUCGGCAUGGAACUGGAGGCAAGGGCACCAUGGUUGAACUCCUGCCUCCAUGGCGCUUGUGGGGAGGCCGAGACCAGUCAGGCCGGGCUCAUUGCAAAGUGCACUGCAGCAUCAGUAUGCCUUCGAGUGAAACAUCAAAAUCUGUCUGCGAUUCAGUACCGCAACAGCAUUGCACUUUUGCACGGGGGGGCCAAAAAAGUUGCAUUUGCUAGAUUUAACAAGCAACAGAUUUGCAUGUCACACCGUAUGAGCUUACAGAAGCAGAGGGAGUUUGGAGCAUUCAAGGAUGUAGCAGUGCUUGGUUGGAAGAACACUCUUGAAGUACAGAAGGAGAGCGUUUCACUUCUCAAGUCCCUCCAUGAAGAAGUCGUAGAGCAGGAAAGGGUGCAGUGCAAGGCUGGCCUGGACACUUCAGGAAACAGUACAAUCAGCUCUGCUGACUUGCAGGCUCUGGACUUCAGCUUUAAGAGCUAUGAUGUUGUCGUCCCACCCCCACCCAGCCUGGAAACUGAAGAUGACAGUGACUUUGACCUUCUGGGAGUGAAACCACUCGAUGAACCAGCGUCACCUGCAAAUUCUUCUGCCAUAGACAUCUCUGCUAUGUUGGCCAACAUUAAGGGAUACAGGGAAGAGACAUAUAAAGUUGCCGAACGAGCCAUUCACAGCGUUGCUGCUACACCAGACAGCAGACCACAGGACAUAGUUCGCCAAGCAAUAUGCUUCAUCAUCGAGACCCCCCUCGGGACUUUCCAGAUUAUUUUCGACAACGUUGAUUUCUACGUCACACCUCACCAUCAGUCCACAGAGAACCGCCCUGAAUCGGUGCACUGGGUACACCAGUAUGCUGCUAAGGAUCGCGUAGUGACAAACCUCCCAAGCGAUGAGCCACUGAAAAGACUGAAAGAUCUAAACUUGGAAGACAUACUGCCAACCUAUGAAGUCCAGCAGCUGCUUCGGAAGGACUACAUAAUCUAUGUCGUCAGGGUGCUGGUGUGGUACCUGGAGGCUUUCAGAGACUUCAAGAAGAAUGCGGUCUGGCACAUCCCACACGAAUUCUCUGCAGAGAUGGAGCAGCAAAGUGAACAGUGCUGGUUAGGCCUACAAUUCAAAAACGAGAACUACAACAAGGACAUGGCCGACAUCAUGCGCAAGAUACAAGCCGACUACGUUCCCGCCAACGUAGAUGAAGAUGGGGCCAUCACAGACCUCAUCCACCCUAUCCUGUUGGGAGGGGACUUGCUGUCUGAGGAGAGGGCAGCGAACAUCCAAGCAGCAUUCAAGUCCUUAGACACACCAGAAGAGCGCCUGGAUGGAAUGAUACCAAAGAAUGAGGUCUGGCAUGCUGGAAAGAACCUACUUGAGAUCUACAAUGGCAAGUACUUCAAGCCGACAGCUGGAGCAGACAAAGCAUCACUGUGCGCCAACAUGAACGUCAUCCAGGCCACAAACGCAAAGAAGGGGCCACACAUCGCUUACAACCACUACAUGGAGCUCUUCAUGAAAGACCUGCACGCCUCCAUCAUCUAUGCAGCGAAGAAGAUAUUCCAUCUCCCAAGUAUUGAUGCUCCGCCCGAAUCCAUCGUGCCAGACAUGAUCCUGAGUGGAGAUCAGCACACCAAGAGUGACUGGAUUCACAGCAGGGCAGCGGAGAUCGUAGACCUUGUAUUUGCAGAGGACCUUGAUGUCGUGCAAGGUAUGUCCCUGCAGAAGCCCACCGAGUUUAAGUGCAGGGCAGAAGGGUGUAACCGAGUGUACGUAAGGCCUAAGCCAAGAGUAACUCACGAGUUGAAAAAGCACAACCUCGUUGUGAGUGAGACAGAGAGCUCACCCUCCACACACAUGAAGGAAGACCAUAUUCGAAACUAUCACAUUAGCAAGCUAGGAAUGGCACUCCUCAUUAACAACAUACAUGAUGCCACAAGGGAAGGAGAUGGGGAGAGGCUGUCUCGGUGCUUCAAGAUGGCUCUCCUCUUCUACAGGUGUCAUGGGCACACAAAGUAUGCCCAUGGCACCCUCCUUCACUUUGCAAGGAGCCAAGCCUUGCUGCCACCAAGCCUGGCACACUCUCUGGUGUGGAACAGGUUUGUGAAUGAUAAGGGGGGGAAGGGAAAUAAUGUGCCCCUGGACCUUAACCUAGAAUUCAAGAACAACUUGCUUAAGCAAUUCCUGAAGCACUUGGGGCCAAACCUGAACGAGAGUAAUGCAGCCAGAGUUGCUAACUCAAUUGGGGAGAUGGCAAAAUUGCUCCAGAGUAUUGACACAGAGUUAGGUGUUAGGCGAGGAAGUGGGUAUCACCACAAGCCAGAUGACACUGCUGACAUCCAGAGGCUUGUUGUUCAGUAUGAACAGGCCAAUGUGUUAGACUUCCAACCAGGCAGAGAGUACAAUUCUUUUCCUGGUAUGGACAGGAACCCCAUCUCCAAAUUGAAUAUGGAUAAGAUGCUCGAUUGGAUGAGGAAUAAACUCAAAUACUGGGAGGCACUGCACGAAUAGUUAAUAGCAUUUCAUUGUGUAAAUAUCAUUUUAUACAGUAUUGUAUUGUAAUGCGCAAACAUUCUUGUCUACAAUGGUCAGAUGUGCUUACCCCUAGAUGUUGACUGUCUAAAUAGCAGAACGCCAUGUGUCUCGCCUGUAGGGUCAGAAGGUUUUAUCUUGUCAAAACAUCUGUUAAAUAGCUGUAGAUUUAGUCUUCCAUGGUCAUUGUGAUGAUUUUGAUAAGUCACUUAUCUUCAGACAUUAUCUGAAUGUUGCCUUACCAUUGUAGAACAUCUCACAUUGUCCUAGAUGCUAUGUACUCUUUGAUAAUGUAACAAGUUUCAUAGCUAAUGUUUGAGAUUGAUCCGUGAUCCUUUCUCUGUUGCUUAAUGACAGAACUUGUACUACCCCAUGAUAUGUGACUCUUAGUGUGUACAGAUUGUAUACAUGUAAUAUAUUCCAUGGCCAUUGUGAUGAUUUUGAUAAGUCACUUAUCUUCAGACAUUCUCUGAAUGUUGCCUUACCAUUGUAGAACAUCUCACAUUGUCCUAGAUGCUAUGUACUCUUUGAUAAUGUAACAAGUUUCAAAGCUAAUGUUUGAGAUUGAUCCGUGAUCCUUUCUCUGUUGCUUAAUGUCAGAACUUGUACUACCCCAUGAUAUGUGACUCUUAGCGUGUACAGAUUGUAUACAUGUAAUAUAUGAUGUAAAUUUGUAACCAUCAUUGUUUCAUAGCUAGUGAUUUCAGUGAUUGUAUUUAAUAUUAAUAGGUACCUUUCCUCCAAGGGCUAGCCCUUGACAAUAGCCCCAGGCUAGUUGGGCAACACUGGCUGUU